AUGGAGGAGGGAUGCGAUGUGAUGAGUGAGAAUGGUGAUAAGUCUAUCAGAAUCCUAUGUGCUUCUGAGCUCAUUGGUUCAGUUAUUGGGAAAAGUGGGGCUAAUGUUAGGCGGGUAGAGCAGCAGACUGGUGCUCGCAUUAAAGUUCAAGAGAUUGACAAAGAUGCUUCUGGAGAAAGGCUGAUCAUUGUUUCAUCUAACGAGAUACCAACUGAACCAAUAUCCCCAACAAUUGAGGCACUCAUUUUGCUCCAUGAUAAAGUGAUUACUGAAAUGAGAAGACGAACUGGGGCUGAAAUUCGAGUUUACUCGAAGGCAGAUAAACCAAAAUACUUGUUGCAGGGCCUCCAGCUAUUGCAAGAGGAGCCCUCACAGAGAUUGCUUCAAGGCUUAGAACUAGGACUUUGA